UAUCUCAGUGAAUUCUGGGAAUUGAAGUGCCGCUGCUGGCAAAUGUGUGUGCGGCGAGCUCGAAACGUGGCUAGUGGCUACCAACCAGCCAGCUUUCUAAACCAAAUCGAGCUUUCUGUUGCGAGUCAAUAUGUCGUUUUGUUUUAAUUUUGACUUAAGUGCAACGACAAACACGGACGACGUCCAGGGGAGAACAUCGUCAACUAACAAGAUUGACAUAUUUGCGAAACCUGUAAAUGAAAGUGGUUGCCCAGCAGAGGCAGUAAAAGUGGCCAAAGAGCACUUCCCACCAUCUGAUCCUCUACACUUACUUGAUGACGCCAUAUAUGAAACCCUCACCAUUGGCACUCUUCCUCCCUUGCACUUUCUCAACGAGACAGUUUUUGAGAAGACCGUCUAUGAGAGGGAGGACACGGAGAACAUUUUGUGCCGCACGGCCGAGCAGAGGUCUGACCUCAUCUCGGGAGUGUAUGAGGGCGGAUUGAAGGUGUGGGAGUGCACAUACGACCUCCUGGAGGUAAUCGAGAGGGAAGGCGAAACGUUUGGCGGCAAGGCUGUCUUGGAUCUCGGCUGUGGCGCCGGGCUUUUGGGAAUUUUGUCUCUGAAGAGAAAAGCCAGGGAUGUCCACUUCCAGGACUAUAACAGCACAGUCCUUGAGCAGCUCACUGUGUCUAAUGUAAUUCUCAAUUGCCAAGAUGAUGACAGUGAUAAUGAUGAUGAUGACAAUAAAGGAAAGAGUAAGGGAACGGACAGGGAAGAAGAACGUAAGAUAAAACUAAAACGUGACACAAGAGAUAUUUUCCUGCAAAGGUGUCGGUUCUUCUCUGGUGACUGGCGCACCUUUUGUAUUUUGGCCUCGAGUCAAGACCCAGUGUUGAAAUAUGAUAUUAUCCUGACUUCAGAGACAAUCUACAACACGGCUUAUUACCCUGCGCUACACGACACCUUUCAUAAACUUUUGGCACCGCGUGGGCAUGUCUAUGUGGCCACCAAGUCCCACUACUUUGGUGUGGGUGGUGGUUUACAUCUCUUUGAGACUUUUGUGCAAGAAAGGGGGGUUUUCUCUCUGAAUCACCUGUGGGCUAGUGAAGAUGGACUUCAGAGACAUGUUGUUGUCUUGCGUUUUAAAAAAGAAUCACACUAGCUCAUGGUGGGCCAAGUGAAAACAGGCCAACCCGUACAAAGAUGUCCACAACAAAUAUGCCUAUAUUAC